GAAAACAAUAGACAAUAGAGUAUUAUGGCAUACGCAUUAUACGCAUAGCGCAGAAUUAAGAAUAUGUUUGAAAGGCGUUAUGUGUUGCGAAUUUCUAUAAAGACUGUUUUACAAACUCGAUUCGCUUAAAGUGUGUUAGUACUUUUAUUUUAAUUUAUUUAUGCCUGUGUGUAAAAUGAGUAAAGCAAAUCCGUUAGGCCUCAUCGCUGCUUACGGUGAUUCUGACGAGGAGUCUGAUGAUGGGUCGGCUGUAAAGUGUGAAAACCGAGCUUAUUUCACCGCAUACGAAAACAAACCCUCAACAGUACAGGCUGGCAUCCAUCCUUCGCCGAUAGCACAUUGUCCAUGGUCAGCCUGUUAUGAUGAAAACAGCGGCUUCACAUACUAUUGGAACCAGCAAACCAAUGCGGUGACCUGGGAGGCACCAACCGAGUACCUUUUGGCUCUAAAGCUCGCCCAACAGCAGUUAACCACAGCAGGUUCUACAGAAGUGUCAGCUGAGGAAUGGCAACUCUACCAACAGGCAUUAGCGGAGAAACAAACACAGAAGACUACACCCAGCACUAAACCUGCCGCAAAGAAGACGGAGAAAAGUGUUAAAAGCAAUAAGAAACGGAGUAAAAGCGAUGAUGAGGAAAAAAUAGAACUCAUAACAUCGUACCACAACUCGGAUUCCGAGUCCAACGACGAAACAGAGAAGUCGCCGACACUGCCAACACCCAAACCAAGUAAAAUAGCAAAAGUUGUACAAAAAAAACCCAGAGCGCUGGACCACAAGCCGCCGUCAUCAGCAAACCAGAACUAUAUGGUGCCCAUAGGACCGGAACUACCCCCCGGACUAGAAAACAAGUCAACAAAACAUGUGUUAAACGAGGAGGUGAAGUUGGCACAGAAAUCGGAAAACGACUGUCCCGAGGAGAAAGUGCUGCUUAGGAAGUUGAAAGAUAAAGCGAAGCUUCUAGAAAAACUAGGAGGCGAGUUGCCUUCGGACGUGCAGGAGAUUAUCAAGGAUGACAUGAAAGCGGUGGACUCGCCGAAAUCUGACAAGGACGUUACCGAUAUUGAUGUUCUGUUGGAAGAAAUAGAAAAGAAAGAGUUGCCCAAAGUUAAACCGAAGACAAAUGAAGGCGGAUGCAAGUCUGGCAGUAACUCGCCUAGAGAUAAAACAACACCUUCAGACGAUGCGGAACCAAAAAAUACUCCCAACGGCCCGAGCUUGUUUCCCAGCGCCGCUUUUAUAGAUAAAAAUAGCAUAGAUAAAGACACACCACCCAUAGACAAUCAGAAGAAGGAGAACUUGUAUUUAAUGAACACGGAGACCGUAGACAAUGUUAACAGAAAAAGAUUGCGUAUUUCAAAUUCAGUGUUGCCCGAUCGGAAACGGGAUAAAGUCGAAAUACCGACUUACACAACGAAGUAUGCGCAGUUCGUUGAGGGCGUUUCCAGCGAAAGGACGGGUCUGGGAUUCAGUAAGGACGAAGAAUGUACGGAGAAUCCAAAAAACACUAUCAGCUACGGCAACGGAUUGACAUUCACUAAAGGAGAGACUUUGAACGAGGAGAAGAAAGACGAGGAUUUGGAUGAUCUGACGGACCUCGUGGAGGCCAAGCUGAAGUUCCUCAGCCAGAUACAACCAUACACCCUCACCACCAUCCAGGAGAUGAUGAUACAGAUGCAGACUUUGUUAUCGGCGUUCCGCGCGGGUGCGUUAUCCUCGUCAUACUGGCGGCGGUGGGCGGGCGGCGCGCGGUCGACACUGGCUGCUCACGAGGCGGCCGCCGCGCCGCCCGGCUGGAAGUGCGUCUUCCUGAGGUCUGAAGGCCGGUACUGCUACACGAGGGAGGUUGACGGCUUCCAGCAGUACGAAUAUCCAGCGGUCGAUACCACCGACAUGGAUAUAUCUACCACUCCACCACACGAACCCAAGGAGGAGAGCUGGCGCGCGACUCCCCCUCCGCCCGGAACUGAUGAUGCGGAACAAACGAUCAAUGAUGCGACAUCAAAGAAGGAGAUCGGGGACGAGCUACAGUCCUUCUACAACGACAUCGCCGAAAUAGAGAAGAGUUCAGGAACGGAACCCAACUCACCGGAACCGCCGCAGCCUCCCCCGCCGCCCGAGAUCAGCGACACCGUGAGGGAGAUGAGAGAGAUGAGGGAGACGAGGGAGACGAGGGAGAUGAGCAGGGAGAAGGACGUCCGCCUUAAUAGGAAGAAGUCAAAGGUCAAACUGUCCACGUGUAUCGGCAUGAAGCACAAGUCCGUGUCCAACUUGGUCGCCAAAUGGCAACAAGUGGCCGAAGAAAUAAACUCGGACUGAUCGGUCGCGCCGCCCGCGCGGACCUCGCCCACGAAGCCUUCCUAACGAACUGACAACAUAAUAAACAUAUUGUAUCGAUCGUGAACCUGUAAAUAUUGAUUAUCCUUAGAAUAGUUCGCUUUCUUUUCAAAUAUUACUUUUAACAUUUACGUGUAUAGAAUAGAGUAGACGGACAUCCACGAGCGUGUUUUUGUACAUAAAAUAAUAUAAUUUUGUACUUUAUCAUACAAACCGAAAUAAAGUUAUAUAAAAUGUA